GCAGAAACUCGGGGUCACCUUGACGGAGUCCUACCAGAGCCGAUUUUGUAUAAGAGGGGAACUGAACUGCCAGUCGAGUGUUAGAAGAAGCAGCGUGCGCCCGGCCCAACAUCAUCUGUCAAUAAUACACACACCGAUUUGCACUCUACAGCCAACCUUCUUAUCAGCAAUAUGAGUGUCGCUAGCCAGCUGUUGAGCAAUGUGGCCGAACCUGUCACCACAUCGGGGUCAAAGGUGUCCCUCGUCGGCGUCGGCCAGGUCGGAAUGGCUGCUGCCUUCAGCAUCCUUACCCAGGGCAUUGCCAGCGAACUGGCCAUGGUGGACAUGGUGCCCGACAAGCUCAAAGGCGAGAUGAUGGACCUGCAGCACGGCCUGACCUUCACGAAGAACGCCAAAGUCAGCGCCAGCACCGAUUACGCGAUCACGGCCGGAUCCAAGAUCUGCAUCGUGACCGCCGGAGCGCGGCAGAGGGAGGGCGAGAGCCGCCUCAACCUCGUCCAGCGCAAUGCUGAGAUUUAUAAGGGAAUUAUUCCUCAACUGGUCAAGUACAGCCCUGACACCAUCCUACUCAUCGUCAGCAAUCCGGUUGACGUGCUGACCUACGUGGCGUGGAAGCUGAGCGGCCUGCCGAAGAACCGUGUGAUUGGCUCAGGCACCAACCUCGACUCGUCCAGAUUCCGCUUCCUGAUGUCCGAGAGGCUUGGUCUGGCGCCCAGCAGCUGCCACGGCUGGAUCAUCGGCGAGCACGGCGACACCAGCGUUCCCGUCUGGUCCGGAGUCAACGUCGCCGGAGUCAGGCUGCGCGAGAUCAACCCCCUGGUGGGAACCGCUGAGGACCCUGAAAACUGGGCCCAACUGCACAAUGAGGUCGUGCAGAGCGCCUAUGAGGUGAUCAAACUGAAGGGCUACACCUCUUGGGCCAUUGGUCUCAGCGUGGCCACCCUGGUGCAGACCCUCCUGAGUAACACCAAAAGUGUUUUCGCAGUCUCCACUUUGGUUCAGGGUGAGCAUGAAAUUACCGAAGAGGUUUUCCUGUCGCUGCCCUGCGUUCUGGGCGAGAACGGCGUGACCAACAUCAUUCGGCAGCCUUUGAAGGCCGAGGAGAAGGCCCAGCUGCAUAGGUCUGCCAGCACUCUGAACGAAGUUCAGUUAAAACUCGCACUGUAAUCAAAAAAAUUGCCAGCGGAUCGAAGCAGAAACGAUCAAAACCAUUCUGCACGUUUUAUGAAAUUAGGCUGUUGCUAUGAAUUCUGACUUUUCGAAUUUAGGAGCAUUUUGGUUGAAUCUACAAAUUAACUGUAAGCAUGAGUAACACUCGCUGUCUCAAACCCCCUCUGGCUAGUCGUAUUUUCUUGCGUUUCAACUCUGAUCUUGACUUAUUGCAUUCUAUUAAUAUUCAACUUUUUCCCUAUUAAUAAACAGAAAAUAAAAUAAAUGAUUCCUUCA